GCGCUCGACACUUAGCCCGUCCAUUCAAUGAACAUGAGCGACCACGCCGUAAUGACUUUCGAGCCUGGUGCUCUUCCCCGCGAGGGGGGAUUCCUUGGUCUGCCGCAGGAAGUCCUUAUCAGAAUCCUUCGCUUUACGCAUCCCCUCGACAUCCUCCGCUUGCGUACGGUAUGCAAAUACCUUCGCGACUUGACGCUCCAGCGUAUCAUCUGGAUCAACGCGCUGCGAGCGGCUGUCAACAGGAACGAUGUCUUCCCACCUACCUUCCCUCUCAGCAACAUGUCGGACACCGAGAUUGAGCACGCAAUAUUCGGUCCUAUCGAAUUCUCCAGGAUGGUCAGACAGCAAGGAGUACGCAUCCUCGGCGACCACGAGACUACCCCCGAUACGCCCUCCCUGCCCAAACUACUGCCCGUUGCACGCCGCGUGUUUCCCCUUGAGAUCGGGGCCACGUCGCUCGCGAUACACCCUCCCGAUGUAAUCUUGCUGCCAGGAGGACGCUACGUCGUUAUCAAGACGGAUAGAGCCAUUCAUAUCGUCGAUCUUGGCUAUCACCCUGACUCCGUAAUCAAUGCGCGUCCAGUCUUUACUCUGCGUAAAUCGGACCUGCUUAACAUUCCGACGAAUGAUGAUACUACGUGGCGUGUGGACAACUGGUCAGCGAGUGGACCUAUGGGCGAUCUGCUGCUGUACAUCUCGGUUCAGCAAUCCCCAGUAUCCACAAACCAUGGCGCUAUUGCGAUCUACAAGGUUGUGGAUAUAGCCAGUGCACCAGCAGGUCGUCAGAUCGCACAGCUGACGAUACCGGAUCCUUCCCCCUUCCGCAUUUGCAACGUCGAGGGAAAUCGUGUCUGCUUCACUUCCGAGAAUGGGGUUGUGGGAGUCUGGAAUUUUGCCAGCGGACGCGCCGCCCGAUGGCAGUCACGCAGUGCUUCUCUGAAUAAUCUGGUCGUACUGGCGCGAGACACCGUCAUACUAUGCAUCCCAAGUUUUGGCACUAUUGGCUAUGAAUUACCAGUACUGGAGCCAACCUCUACAGGCAUCACGGGCCUCGCCGACGUAAAGACCGCCUUCACCCUCACUAUUCCAUUGCCUCGCUCGAUGCGGCCUGCUGGCAGCUACGGGGCUUACUUUGGGAACGGCCAGGAGCACUUCUAUGACUAUCGCGCGGGUGUGGUUAGGCGUUUUGCUCUUCCAGGGGACUCACAACCGAUGCCGUUGCCCCGCGAAGUAGCGAGGUUCAAGGCCAUCCCGGACUACGAAGCAGAGUGGCUGGAGUGGUCCUACCUUCCUCGCCUGCACGUAUGCGAAGACGGCGUUUUCACGGGCAGCCACUGUACUGGCCUGUUCGACGACGAUCCCGAGCAGCCAGGAAGAGACGCGAAGAUCAACUUGCACAUGUCAGAUCGCCGGUUUGGGAAGGACGCGCGGGGGAUAGACGUGGCUGUCACGCUCUUGGACUACGAAGACGACGAGUUCCGCUUCGAGUGGGUGCCUCAGUCGAUCGACUUUUGCCCAGUUUCCGGACGGCUUUGCGCCGCCGAUAACGUCGAUGGCGAAUUGAACUUGUCGGUCUUCGACUACCUUGCCCCGUGCGCUCGCAGUGUAAGUAAGGCCUCGUAGCUUGAAUGAAUAUAACGGAUACAUACGACCUACUCGUUGUGCUGUACCACCGACUUCACAUAUUUUUUUGCGAUGGCGUACAGUCUUCCGUUCCAC